GCCGAUUUUGUGGCAAGACUUUUGCUCAUCCGGGGUCCCUCGGGAGACACUUGGACAACCGCAAAGGGUCUCCAAUGCAUCCAGCAGACCAAAUCGAACGAAUUCGCUCCAAUGUCGCUAGACGUGGUAACCCUGAGGAAGUUCGCGCGCGCCGGGCAGAACGUGCCCGUCUGUACAAUAGGAGAGACUACGUGAAGUUGAAAAAUAGAGAAAGACGGCGAACACAAAGCAAGAUUUACAGAGUCAGGGAGAAUGCACAGUUACAGUUCUAUAAGAGCAUAAAUACCCCUUCGUUGGCUGCACAUCCUUCGUUUCCACGGAUGGUGUUAUUUUUCCUUACUCCGAAAGAUUGGCCUCAUGAUCCUCCAACUUUUCAAACGCAUGAGACCUUGAUCAUGCACCUCGACUCAGAUCCCGAACUACGCAAGCGCUUACCAUACUUGUCGGACAACUUGGGGAUUGAGGAUUACAAAGAGAAACUGAAAACCGCAUACGAGAACUGGAUGACUCUGUCCAACGAAGCGAAAAAAGAGAUGUGGAGCCGGGAACAGCGUUUGUGUGCUCAAGACGCAUUAGGUAGUCUCAGUCUAUUUGAUUUUGCAGUCAGAGAGAAGUGGGCUUAUAAGCUGACGAAUGAUAAGAAACAGGAGAUAAUUCAGAGCAACAAAUCAGAGAGUAUGGGCUCUCCGAAUUACAAUGAUUCCUCUGAUUCUGAUUCCAGUCGAGAUGUGAAGAAUGCUAUAUCACCAGAUGAAUUUGCCGCAGUGGCGGCUGCAGCGGCUGCUGUCGUCAACAAUAAUGAUGAGUGAGAGCGCUCAUUGUGUAAUUAACCUAUUAGUGUAUAUAUCUCUAAUAUUUU